AUGAUUAAAAUGCUCAACAAAAUUGGCCUCACCCUUCAUUGGGACACCCUGAUGAACUUUCUUGACAAGCAAUUAGAGAAAAAGAUUUCCUAUGUUAAAUCUUUAACACCACAAGAGAUCCCUUUGUUGCUUCUCAUGGAUAAUAUAUUAAAUAUUUACCAAGGCAACAAACGACAUCAUCGGCUAUUCAGCAUCUAUGGCCAGAACAUGUGGAAUUUCACUGUACGUGGUCUAUUUAUUCCUGACAUAUAUGAAAUUAAGCACCUGUUCUCAUGCAAGGACACAGCAACGCAAAGUCAACAUGAUGUGAAAGAGUUCACGUUUGAAAACCUUGCCAUCGAAAACAAUUCAAAACAUUUGAGAAUAUGGGAAAACCAAAAAGAUCACUAUUUGACUGAGCUUUUGAAAGAUGGCCUGUCUUUAGAAACGAGCAUUCCCUUUAAAGAUAUGUCAGAAAAAGAUUGCAAUAAUUGUCUCAAGAAUAAAUUAUAUAAGAUAACAGAUGAUUUAAAGUUUGAGUCUAAUGCUAACUAUAUUGACCAAUCACAUUCUGGAAUCAUCUCCAAAACUGUAAUUUUACCUCUUUCUCUUGAGAACAAUAGCACUCUUGCUGGCACUGGUGUUAUAUUAGAUCAGUUUGCAAAAUAGUUUUCUAUUCCUUCUGUCUCCAAGAAUGAGAUUCUUCCAUUUGACAGCAAUGCAAAAAUAUUUUGUUUGAAGAAAGCUAGAGAGCAUGCUGAAUUUAAUAUAUUGAUGAGUCAUCACAAACAGCAAAAUGAACUUUAUAGCUCACAAUUGUCAGAUGUGGAAAAAAACUCUGAAGGGAAAGAUGUUGAUGAAGAAUCAAGUGAUAUUAGUGAAGGCGAUGAUGAUGAUUCUGGAAAUGAAGAUGGUGAACAGACUGACAGGAAUAGAGUCUCUGGACCAGAAACAACUGUGAAUACUGUCCAAACAUUGUUUCGAAAACAAGAUCGUGUAUUUAAUAGCACAUUUGAUUCUUUAAAAAAUAAGCUAUGGAAUGCCAUUCAAACUACUACCCUUGAGCGAUUUAUUAAGGAGAUAUCAGAAACUGAACAUCUAAGAACUAUAAGGGAUCAUCUGGGACGAUCAUUAUUGCAUAUGGCUGUUGAACAGCAAAAUGUCAAUCUUGUACAUUGUCUUCUUCAUGCAGGAGUUAAUCCCAAUUUAAAGGAAAUGUGCGGUGUGACCCCAUUGAUCAUUGCAGUUAUAACCAAAAACAAGGAAAUAUGUAAGCUGUUAGUCAACAGUCAAGCUUCGGUACGUGGACCACUGUUUACUAACAUUCCAAGUCCACUUGCGGUUGCAAUGAAGAUGGAACUGGAAGAGAUAUAUGAACUUUUAGAUCCAAGUUUGUCAGAUCAAGAAGAUGAUGAUAUUGCUUCAUAUGAUCCAGAUUUCAAACGAUCUGUGAAUGUAACCAGAAGUCAGGGCAAUGAAAAGAAAGAGAACUACAAUAGAGGCUCUCCCGGAUUUAUAACUGGAGUUGUUGGAGAUGUUGGAACGUGCAAGACAAAUCGAGGAGUUAUGUCUAGGUCGGAUGCCUAUGAAUGGGUUGGUAUUAUACCUGGCGAUUUGCACACUAAAGGUUAUUUUGCAGAGGCAUGUUUUAAAGAGCAAGGUCCAGGUGGCUUCCAUUAUCUUGUUGCAAAGGUAUUGAAGCGACCAAAGCUAACAAAAGAAGCAUUUAAGAAGACGAAGUUCUCCGAAGGAAACCUAGAUAGGACAAGAGAGGCAGUUCGAGAUGGAGCUAGGUCAUAUGAUUUGGCAGCAGUGUGGGAGUUCAAAGAUUCAGACCUGUUCCCUUCAGAAGUUGAUAAACGGCAAUGUUUUAGAUCAACCGGUAGUCAUGUAAAAUUGUUUUUGGAACGUUUUAAAGCCUGGCUUCAAUGCUCAAGAUCUGCUAGCAUUUCAUUCCGGUACCAAAGUCAAAUGUUCCUAUUCUAUGGCCCCUUGUUGGAGCUUUUUGAUAUUUCAACAAAUCAUUGCUGGGGAAGAGCGAGAGAAGCUAGCUAUAUUCUUCAGUUGCCAAUUUAUGCACAAUUGAACUUUAGAAACUACUACUCUGAAAGUUUCAUUCAUGUUACCAACUUUCUUGGUAAAUGGCCACUUGCAUUCCGGAAUUUGUUGUCAAACAAUUGUUCAAUCAACCUGUCUGGACGAAAGGGAUGUGGGAUUGAAUUGGAUGCAUUUGUGGAAGCAGAGAUAGUGCAACCACUCAAAGUCUACAUGUCAGGUAGAAAAUUAUUUUAUUUUGUGAUACAAAACUGCCAUAGAAAAGGGAGGAAUAUAAAAUUAGAUCACAUUGUAUGUAGUAUUACUCACUUAACCCAUUAGCUUGCGAUAUAGUGUCUUCUGUUAACCUCAAUCAUUGGUUUGGUAUUGCAAAUUAAUGGGUUAAAUUUGUUACUUUUCUAGAAAACAUGGAUGAGUAAUCACGCUUUAGUACAAGCUCCUUCACAAUUGAAAGAUUUAAGUUGCCCCCAUGCCUAUAUUUAUUGUUAUAUAUGUACCCUGUCAAGUCCUUAUUCAGCUAUUGAAGUGUUUCUAGAUCAUUCAUAAACGUAUACUUCUUUGUAGGCCACACAUCAGUGAAGAUGUGUGAAAGAUUGAUGGGAUCGAUUGAUCUUCUUAAAGCCAGCAGAGGAGCAUAUAUCUCCAAAGCUGGAUUUGAUGUGCAUUCAACCGCCCGGCAUUCGGUUGCAGAUCCUUUUCAUGACCAAUUGAAGGGUGCCUGGUUCUGCUUGAAAAAUGGCCUGUUGGAUCCCAGUAAAUCAUCCGAGUCUCCCUGUUGUUAUCCACUAGAUGAGGGAGGAAAGCCCAGUGGUAAAGUUUCAAAAUCCAUGCUUGAUGUUCAGGCGGUGUGCGACAUGAAACCACGUGACGCAAUCGAACGCAAUAGACCAAUCAGAGACUAUCAUUAUUACGAAACAUCAUGGCGGUGA